AUGUCGCCUCAACAAAGUACGCUACAGAAGAAAUCACACCCCACACAGACUGGGGCCGCACCGCACCGCAGUCAACAAAACCCCAAGAUCCUGAUCAGCAUCACCCCAAUGGGAUGUGCCAUGCCUUCUCUCCAACAGCCAACCCCCUCUAAGCCUCCACACCCCUCCCUCUCACCUGCUGUUCACCACCCUGUUUUGAGACGUCUCAAAACCCCCUCCACCCCUCCACGCCCCUCCCUCUCACCUGCUGUUCACCACCCUGUUUUGAGACGUCUCAAAACCCCCUCUACCCCUCCACGCCCCUCCCUCUCACCUGCUGUUCACCACCCUGUUUUGAGACGUCUCAAAACCCCCUCUACCCCUCCACGCCCCUCCCUCUCACCUGCUGUUCACCACCCUGUUUUGAGACGUCUCAAAACCCCCUCUACACCUCCACGCCCCUCCCUCUCACCUGCUGUUCACCACCCUGUUUUGAGACGUCUCAAAACCCCCUCUACCCCUCCACGCCCCUCCCUCUCACCUGCUGUUCACCACCCUGUUUUGAGACGUCUCAAAACCCCCUCUACCCCUCCACGCCCCUCCCUCUCACCUGCUGUUCACCACCCUGUUUUGAGACGUCUCAAAACCCCCUCUACCCCUCCACGCCCCUCCCUCUCACCUGCUGUUCACCACCCUGUUUUGAGACGUCUCAAAACCCCCUCUACCCCUCCACGCCCCUCCCUCUCACCUGCUGUUCACCACCCUGUUUUGAGACGUCUCAAAACUCCCUCUACCCCUCCACGCCCCUCCCUCUCACCUGCUGUUCACCACCCUGUUUUGAGACGUCUCAAAACCCCCUCUACCCCUCCACGCCCCUCCCUCUCACCUGCUGUUCACCACCCUGUUUUGAGACGUCUCAAAACCCCCUCUACCCCUCCACGCCCCUCCCUCUCACCUGCUGUUCACCACCCUGUUUUGAGACGUCUCAAAACCCCCUCUACACCUCCACGCCCCUCCCUCUCACCUGCUGUUCACCACCCUGUUUUGAGACGUCUCAAAACCCCCUCUACCCCUCCACGCCCCUCCCUCUCACCUGCUGUUCACCGCCCUGUUUUGAGACGUCUCAAAACCCCCUCUACCCCUCCACGCCCCUCCCUCUCACCUGCUGUUCACCACCCUGUUUUGAGACGUCUCAAAACCCCCUCUACCCCUCCACGCCCCUCUCACCUGCUGUUCACCACCCUACGUCUCAAAACCCCCUCUACCCCUCCACGCCCCUCCCUCUCACCUGCUGUUCACCACCCUGUUUUGAGACGUCUCAAAACCCCCUCUACCCCUCCACGCCCCUCCCUCUCACCUGCUGUUCACCACCCUGUUUUGAGACGUCUCAAAACCCCCUCUACCCCUCCACGCCCCUCCCUCUCACCUGCCGUUGACCACCCUGUUUUGAGACGUCUCAAAACCCCCUCUACCCCUCCACGCCCCUCCCUCUCACCUGCUGUUCACCACCCUGUUUUGAGACGUCUCAAAACCCCCUCUACCCCUCCACGCCCCUCCCUCUCACCUGCUGUUCACCACCCUGUUUUGAGACGUCUCAAAACCCCCUCUACCCCUCCACGCCCCUCCCUCUCACCUGCUGUUCACCACCCUGUUUUGAGACGUCUCAAAACCCCCUCUACCCCUCCACGCCCCUCCCUCUCACCUGCUGUUCACCACCCUGUUUUGAGACGUCUCAAAACCCCCUCUACACCUCCACGCCCCUCCCUCUCACCUGCUGUUCACCACCCUGUUUUGAGACGUCUCAAAACCCCCUCUACCCCUCCACGCCCCUCCCUCUCACCUGCUGUUCACCGCCCUGUUUUGAGACGUCUCAAAACCCCCUCUACCCCUCCACGCCCCUCCCUCUCACCUGCUGUUCACCACCCUGUUUUGAGACGUCUCAAAACCCCCUCUACCCCUCCACGCCCCUCUCACCUGCUGUUCACCACCCUACGUCUCAAAACCCCCUCUACCCCUCCACGCCCCUCCCUCUCACCUGCUGUUCACCACCCUGUUUUGAGACGUCUCAAAACCCCCUCUACCCCUCCACGCCCCUCCCUCUCACCUGCUGUUCACCACCCUGUUUUGAGACGUCUCAAAACCCCCUCUACCCCUCCACGCCCCUCCCUCUCACCUGCCGUUGACCACCCUGUUUUGAGACGUCUCAAAACCCCCUCUACCCCUCCACGCCCCUCCCUCUCACCUGCUGUUCACCACCCUGUUUUGAGACGUCUCAAAACCCCCUCUACCCCUCCACGCCCCUCCCUCUCACCUGCUGUUCACCACCCUGUUUUGAGACGUCUCAAAACCCCCUCUACCCCUCCACGCCCCUCCCUCUCACCUGCUGUUCACCACCCUGUUUUGAGACGUCUCAAAACCCCCUCUACCCCUCCACGCCCCUCCCUCUCACCUGCCGUUGACCACCCUAUUCGCCUCCAGCAUGCCGCACAGCUUCACGCCAACCGGGCUGCAAGGCAAGGCCCUCCCUCCCCUUCUCUCCAACCUCCAACCCCCUCUACCCCUCCCAGUUCCCUUCUCUCACCUUGA